AUGCUACCAGCCUCCAUAGCAGAAGCACUCGACAAAACAAAUCACAGGCAUAUAGAGCUUGCUGGCAUCGGCUGCUUUUCGCAGGUGGUCAAGGUGGCCGACACUGGCCUUGUAAUCAAAGAGACAUUUGACCAUCCAGUUGUCGGCAACUUGCAAUGUCUAGAAAAGCGCACUUAUGAACGACUCGGCCGUCAUCCCUAUAUUCUGCGAUACUACGGCGAAUAUAGUCUGGGUAAUGGUCUUCCUAGCGGGCUGGUGUUUCAACAUCACGGACUUGGCACCCUUGCAGACAAUCUUGCAUUGUCAAAAUACGCAACAGAGCGAACCCAAUGGCCAAUGUAG